AUGUCCAUCUCCAAAAGUUACGGCGUGCUGAAGGAGGCGGAUGGAGUUGCCUUCAGAGGUUUAUUCAUCAUUGACGACAAGGGGACCCUUCGCCAGAUCACCGUUAACGAUAUGCCGGUUGGUCGAUCCGUGGAGGAAGCCCUGCGACUAAUAGAGGCCUUCCAGUUCACCGACAAAUACGGAGAAGUCUGCCCAGCGAACUGGCGCCCGCGUAAGAAGGCCAUGAAGCCAACAGAAGAGGGAGCAAAAAUAUUUUUUUCUGAGCACUGA